AUGCUCACAUUCAGGUUGUUCAGUCUCUGUCUCCGUCUGACUCUCGGUACGAUGGAGCCUGCUGAGCUGCUGCUCAUCAGAGACCAGCAUGACUCGGCGUUUCACUCCCUGAGUCGUGGGUUGACUGCCGAAGAGGCCGGUGAAAGUGCGGAGGCCCUGGAGUAUUACAGAAAGGGCCACCAGCACCUGACCUAUGGAGUGGAGGUCCCCACUGGGGGGGAGAGGCACCACGGAGCGGCCUGGGACACGGCCAGGCAGCUCCAACAGAGGAUGAGGGACACUCUGAGGACUGUCCACACCCACCUCUCUGACCUGGAGACCUCCCAGCUGACCACAGGGGACCAGAGGCAGCGACUGUUACUGGAUCUCAACAGUCAGCCUCCCAGUGGCUCUCUCCUCCACCUGUACCCCACCCUCCCUCCCAACAGUCAGCCUCCCAGUGGCUCUCUCCUCCACCUGCACCCCAUCCUCCCUCCCACCCAGGACACAACCCCAGGCCCAACUCCAACCCCAAUUGCACUCCCUCCCCGUCCUGUUUCGCCUGCUCUGUACAGAUACUCCCUCUCUGCAGCGGCUCCAGGAGCUAUAGCCAUGGCUAAUCCAGGGGACCAGCCUCCAGCGUACACACCGAAUUCCUCAGACGGGCACCGCAGCCUGGUGUACGGCCCUGCUGGAGCCGGGCUCUGGUCGGGCCAGCAGAGCAGAGCGGCAGCAGCAGGACGAGAUGGAAACGAGCUGCUCCUCGUCCCCUCGGGGGUGCAGAUGUUUUUUGUGGCACCGAACGGACAGGUCAGCUCCUUGUCUAAUCCAGGGUACCUGCGUGUCAUCACAUUUGAUGCUGAGAACAAGGAUUCCACUGCGGGAAGACCCUCAGCAUUCCUACAUGUGUGUGAUUGGCUGUACCCACUGACAGCAGAAACACCGGUGCUGUUGGCCAACUCCGGGAUCUUCAUGUUCCCCGACUCCUUGGCAGAUACGCCCGGGUCCUACGUGGGCAUAGUGCUGUCCUCUGAACUGCCCGCUGCCUACAGAGAUAUGUUUGUUGACAUCCUAUCGCAGCUCGCCGACCUCAGGAUCCAGGGUCCAGAGGGGUCAGAGGUCGUCAACCUGAGUAUGAAAGUCCCUCUCGGUCCCUCGCAGCCCCAGACAGCACUGACUGGGGAGAAGGAAAAACGACUAGUUCCUGGAUGGAGUGAGAAGAUGGCACAAGGAAUCCUUACAGGAGCGUCAUGGUUUAGUCAAGAGUUUGUAAAAGGAGCAGAUGCCACAGGUCGGGCCAUUCAUAAAGGAGCGGCCAAGAUCCGGGACCACGUGACGCCUGAGGACACGCCCUCAGAGGUCAGCCCCCGGGUCAGCAAAGGUCUGCAGGUGGCUAAACAGGCCACUGGGGGUGCUUUGCGAGUCAGCCAGUUCUUGGUUAAUGGAGUGAGUACAGUGGCAGGACAUGUGGCAGAUAAGGUGGCGCCACACGUUAAAAAACAAGGUGCUAAACUGAUCCCAGAGUCCAUGAAGAGCAAAGAUGGCAAGCCUUCAAAUUUGGAUGGAGCCAAGUUAGUGGCAGUCACAAGCGUUCAAGGUUUCUCUACAGUUUGGUCUAGUCUGGAGACUGGAGCAAAGCUUGUUGGCAAAAGUGUUACAGCCGAGACGGUCACAACUGUGACCUACAAGUACGGUAACGAUGCAGGUGAGGCCACGGACAAAGCUCUGCAGUCGGCAGUCAAUGUCGGUGUGACUGCGUACAACAUCGACCACCUGGGCAUCAAAGCCAUCCUGAAGAGCGCAGGCAAGCAGACGGCCAAGGCCAUGGUCAGGAAACCAGACGGAAAGACAGCAGAAAUUGAGGGGAAGGAGGUGCCGAAGAAAGAAGAGGAAGUGAUGAAGAAAGAAGUGAUGAAGAAAGAAGAGGAGGUGCCGAAGAAAGAAGAUAAGGAGCCGAAGAAAGAAGAGGAAGUGAUGAAGACAGAGGAGGAAGUAAUGAAGAAAUAA